AUGAGUUCGAGGGCAAGACGAAUGGUGGAGGUUGUUUUAUGCAAAGAUCAAAAUCAGCCUGUUAAUGAAAAAGAAAAUAAUCACCAGCAAGUAAUUACUGAUACUUUUCGAGAGAAACAAGAAGAGUCAUUCAUGGUUGUAGUCGCAUGUUUAGACAUGAAAGCAGUGUUCCAACUUCCAAAAGGUGAUACAUCAAUAUUUUAUUACAGGUCAAAACUAAAUACAAUGAAUUUAACCAUUACUGGAUUAGCAAAGGAUGAGACAUGGUGCUUCGUAUGGCAUGAGGGCGAAGGAGGAAAAGGAGUAACCGAAGUGGCCUCAUGUUUCACGAAAAAAGGGGAGCCAUACCGAGUAAAAGAGUUAACUCAUGAGGAUUUUGUGAAUAUUAAACAGUUGAUGACUGACCUGGGACCAAAUUUUAACAUAAAUUCAGAUGAAGAGCAGAUACCAAUUUACGAUCUUAAUAGUUGUCAAAGUCGAGAAGGAGAAACCAUUCAAGUUUUUUUUAUAAAACUUCUUUUACUCAACUAGACUUCAAAGCAGUGGAUAUUCUUAAACGGCCACGUGCCAAUGCUAAACGCAACCAACAGCUCACAACUAGCCAUUCACAGUUGCCGACUUUAAAAAAGGCUUACAGUUCUAAACGACAGUUAAAUUAAAAUAAAAGAGAAGAUCUUCAGUUUUGUUAAAAAAAUGGUAUAUUCCAAAAUAUUAC